AUGCAUCGCAUCGAUGAGGCUCUGGUCGACGAGUGGAAACUCCUUCCGGACACAGGGCAGCCACGGAGUCCUGAAGAUGCUGCCCUUUGUCAUCGAUCAGAUGUGUCUUUAGUGGGCCGUUUCAUGACUGGGCACUGCCACUUUGGCAACUUCAGAAUUCCGCAAGAUGAUGAUGAGAUGGUGGAAUGCGUGCUGUGUGGGCAAGUCUAUAAUCGCACACAUUUUCUUUCUGAAUGCGAUCAGGUGGAGGAUUUGCGCUUGAAAUGGCUUAACUCAGAAGGUACUGUUAUUCAAAAUUUGCGCAAUUGGUUUUGGAAUCACUGCGCGAGAUUUGGAGCUUUUAUACGAUCAGUGGGUGAUAGAAUUCGCUUCAUCGAGGCCAGCGAUCCCUUUAGUGAAUAG